AACUCGCACCCACGGCGGCUCCCCGGCUCGGCCGCGCAGGUGGGGUCCCUCGGCGGUACACGUUCCCGCGGGGUAGGGCGACGGAGUUGCGCGGGGGUGGCCUCGCCGUACCCGGUGUCCGCCUGUCUGUCUGUCCGUCCGUCCGCCGCUUUGUUCCCGGAGGAUGCGGCGCGCCUAACCCCGGCCGAGGCGGUGGGGCCGCAGCGGGGGCAGGGGCAGCCCUCCGCCGGAAAACUCCGCGCCGCCCUCCUUCCUCCUCCUCCUCCUCUUCCUCCUCCUCCUCCUGCUCGGAGCCCCGGCGCGGAGCGAUGCUCUCGGGGGCGGCGGGCGGCGAUGGAGCGGGGCGGUAGCGCGGAGCCGCCGAGCAGAGCGGCCCCUCGGGCAGCUGCCCGCGGCCCCUGAGCGCCGGCAGGAGGAGGAGGAGGAGGAAGAGGAAGGCCGGGCGAGCGAGCAGAGCGCGGCCAUGGAGGAGUGGCGGCAGUGCGGCCGCUGGCUCAUCGACUGCAAAGUUUUGCCCCCGAACCACCGGGUGGUCUGGCCAUCGGCGGUGGUCUUCGACCUGGCGCAGGCGCUGCGGGACGGGGUGCUGCUGUGCCAGCUGCUCCACAACCUCUCCCCCGGCUCCAUCGACCUCAAGGACAUCAACUUCAGGCCGCAGAUGUCCCAGUUUCUCUGCUUGAAGAACAUCCGAACCUUCCUAAAAGUGUGUCACGACAAGUUUGGGUUAAGGAACAGCGACCUCUUUGAUCCCUUCGACCUCUUCGAUGUGCGGGAUUUCGGAAAGGUGAUCUCUGCAGUAUCCAGGCUCUCCUUCCACAGUAUUGCUCAAACCAAAGGAAUUAGGCCCUUCCCUUCGGAGGAGACCACGGAAAAUGACGAUGAUGUGUACCGGAGCUUGGAGGAGCUGGCGGACGAGCACGAUCUGGGGGAGGACAUCUACGACUGCGUCCCCUGCGAAGAUGAGGGCGAUGAUAUCUACGAGGAUAUCAUCAGAGUGGAAGUUCAGCAGCCCAUGAUUAGAUACAUGCAGAAAAUGGGAAUGACAGAAGAUGACAAAAGGAAUUGCUGUUUGCUGGAAAUCCAAGAAACUGAGGCCAAAUACUACAAAACACUUGAAGACAUAGAAAAGAACUAUAUGAACCCCCUGAGGCUGGUACUGACUCCCCAAGACAUGGAAGCUAUUUUUAUCAAUUUGGAGGACCUAAUUAAAGUGCACUUCAGUUUCCUGAGAGCCAUCGAUGUCUCAAUGAUGUCUGGAGGAAGCAGCCUGGCAAAAGUGUUCCUGGAAUUCAAAGAGAGGCUGCUGAUUUAUGGCAAGUACUGCAGCCACAUGGAAUAUGCCCAGAACACCCUGAACCACCUCCUUGCCAACCGGGAGGACGUCCGGCAGAAGGUGGAGGAAUGCACGCUAAAGGUCCAGGAUGGGAAAUUCAAAUUGCAAGAUCUGCUGGUGGUUCCAAUGCAAAGAGUUUUGAAGUAUCAUCUCCUGUUAAAAGAGCUGCUCAGCCAUUCCUCAGACCGGCCAGAGAAGCAGCAGCUGAAGGAGGCUCUGGAGGCAAUGCAGGACUUGGCCAUGUACAUCAAUGAAGUCAAGAGGGACAAAGAGACUUUGAAGAAAAUAAGUGAAUUUCAGAGCUCUAUAGAAAACCUGCAAGUGAAGCUGGAGGAGUUUGGGAGGCCGAAGAUCGACGGGGAGCUGAAGGUGCGCUCCAUAGUCAACCACACCAAGCAGGACAGGUAUUUAUUUUUAUUUGAUAAAGUGGUGAUCGUCUGCAAGAGGAAAGGAUACAAUUAUGAGCUGAAGGAAAUUAUUGAGCUGCUCUUCCACAAGAUGACUGAUGACCCCAUGAAUAACAAGGACAUUAAGAAGUCUCACGGAAAAAUGUGGUCGUACGGCUUCUACCUAAUCCACCUCCAGGGCAAACAGGGCUUCCAGUUCUUCUGCAAGACAGAGGAGAUGAAGAGGAAGUGGAUGGAGCAGUUUGAAAUGGCCAUGUCCAACAUAAAGCCAGAGAAAGCCAAUGCAAAUCACCACAACUUCCAGAUGUACACAUUUGAAAAGACAACCAACUGCAAAGCCUGCAGGAUGUUCCUGAGAGGAACCUUCUACCAGGGCUAUCUUUGCCCCAAAUGUGGAGCAGGUGCUCACAAGGAGUGCUUGGAGAUCAUUCCUCCCUGCAAGAUGGGUUCUUCAGCAGAGCAGGAUUCACUUGGUGCAGGACCCGGUCCUAAAAUGGUGGCGGUUCAGAAUUACCAUGGUAACCCAGCCCCUCCUGGGAAGCCAGUGCUGACCUUUCAAAUUGGGGAUGUGAUCGAGCUGCUGAGGGGGGACCCCGACUCACCGUGGUGGGAGGGGAGGCUGCUGCAGACGAAGAAGUCGGGUUAUUUCCCCAGCUCCUCAGUGAAACCCUGCCCCGUGGAUGCCAGGCCCCCCAACAGCCGACCGCCCUCGCGGGAGAUCGACUACACGGCAUACCCGUGGUUUGCAGGGAACAUGGAGAGGCAGCAGACGGACAACCUGCUCAAGUCUCACGUCAGCGGCACCUACCUGAUCCGGGAGCGGCCGGCUGAGGCCGAGCGCUUUGCCAUCAGUAUUAAGUUCAACGAGGAGGUGAAGCACAUCAAGGUGGUGGAGAAGGACAACUGGAUUCACAUCACGGAAGCCAAGAAGUUCGAAAGCUUGCUGGAGCUGGUCGAGUACUACCAGAGCCACUCGCUGAAGGAGAGCUUCAAGCAGCUGGACACAACGCUGAAAUAUCCCUACAAAUCCCGGGAGCGCUCUACCUCCAGGACCUUCACCCGCUCCCCAGCCUCCUGCGCUUCCUACAACUUUUCUUUUCUCAGUCCUCAGGGCCUCAACUUUUCUUCUCAGAGCUCCUCCAGUCCCUUCUGGUCAGUGUUCACCCCCCGGGUCAUAGGCACGGCAGUGGCUCGGUACAACUUCGCGGCGCGGGACAUGCGGGAGCUGUCGCUGCGGGAGGGGGACGUGGUGAAGAUCUACAGCAGGAUUGGAGGGGACCAGGGAUGGUGGAAGGGGGAGACCAAUGGAAGGGUGGGCUGGUUUCCCUCGACGUACGUGGAGGAGGAGGGGGUGCAGUGACUGCGGCCAGGGCCGGUGGAAGUCGUCGAGCGCCCAGAGGCAGCAGCUGCAGCCCGAGCACACCGUGACACGCUGUCCCCGUGCCGGACACCUCCCAGGACUGCUCCCGCAGCCCCUCACCACCCCCCUGUGUACAGCCGAGCCUUGGGGCCGCCCGGCCUCACCCCCGUUCCGUGUAUAGAAGAUUGCUGGGCUGUGGGAUGGCGUUGGGAGAGCCCCGGGAGAGCCGCGCGCUCCCCUGCAUGGACAGAGCUGAGAGACUCUGGGGAGCCCACCGGGGAUGGGCGCCGCACCCGCCUUUGUCAAGGUGUUUUAAAAGCCACCCCAGGAUGGUGGUGGGAGGGUGAGGCUGAAGGGUUGUGCCUGGGUGAGAAUUUGGGGGUUUCCAGAGCGGGGAGCCCCAAGGAGGUAACGCAGACCCCCUGCCACACCACUCGGGUGGUUCCCCAGGUCGGGAUUUUGGCCGUGGCCCUGGCAGCCAUGGGCAGCACCGUGCUGUGGCCAGGGCGAGGGGCAGGGUGGGGACACCUGGCCCCGGAGGAGGAGAAGGCUGUGACCAUUUUGACCCUCAGGUGCAGGCUGGAAGUGGACCUUUGGGUAAAACACGAGGGGAAAGAGCAGCUUUGGCACCCCCAAGCCCAUUUUCUUUACAGCCACCUCAGUCCCACCAGCCUUGCUGCGGGCAGGGGGGGUGCCCAGGGAGCAGGCUGCUCCCACUGGUGAGCAGGAGGUCUCAGUGCAUUGCAGGACUGGAGAUGUGCUUUGCCACACAAGGUUUUCCAAGGCACCAGGCACAUGCAGAGGAUGUGUCCCUGGGUCUGUCCUCCCCUCGCUCCCAGCAGGAUUCCCCCAAGCCAGGCUGAUUUUUCUUGCAGCCGUGACAAAUCCCACCUCAUGAGCUCAGGGCGAACCCACCUGAGUAAGGGCUACGGUGUCAACUCCUGACUGCUGUCCCCGAGCUGUGAAAGCACCUCCUCUUCCCAGCUGUGUGCACUUUUGGGGGCUGGGAGCGUUGCCUCCCUCUCUUCCUCCCACAGGCUGUUCCUGCUGCUGCUGUCAAGUAAAGGUCCGUCUGUUGUGACAUUCCCACUGUGUCCUGAGCGCCGUCUGUCCGAGUCUGCCCUUCCCAAAGUGGAAGGGAGUCCCAGCCAUCAUUUUCUGGGCACUGGCUUCGCUCUCCAGCUCCAGAAUUCCCUUCCAAAGUGCAAAUCCGAACAAAAUCCACCUUUGGGAGCGUGACAGGGAACAACUUCCCUGUAUCUGAGCCCCAGGAGCUGCCUCUCUGAACACGUGGCAUUUUGAGCUGGUGCUUCCAUGCCCUGAUGUCGUUCCCCUGGGAUUUGUGGUGGUCCUGCUGUGCAGCAUCGUGUUCCUGGUGUGGGAUCCUGGUGCAAGUCUGGGAGAUGCCAGCGUUGGGCUGGUGAGCGGUGCUGCUGCCCUCAGUCCCUGGCUGCACCCUUGCUGCCAACGGAGCAGCAGAGCCAUGCUCUGGAUAAGAAAUGGAAGAGUUUGGUUCUCUCAAGGACAAGGGAAUGAUGCGAACUUGGGAAUUCCACACUGCUGCUCAGUGGCAAGCCCACAGUCGCCCUGCUUGCUCCCUGUUCCUCCCGGAGCUCUGGGAGUGUCCCCGCUCAUGGGGGGUGUGGGGUGGGUCUGGCUGAGGCAGGUGGGAGGUGACAGGGACACAGGGGGACUCAGGGCUUUCCCAAGAUACUGUUUGGUGCUAACCCCUCCCAGCCAGCCCCUCCAUGCUCAGUUUGAGGGGAGUAGCCAGCAGGGAACUGGCAAUUCCCUGCUCCUUUGCAGAGCAGAGGGUCCCAUUCCCAUUCCAGAGGCUGGGCUGGAGCUGAGGGGGCGUUUGGGUGGACGGGACACACAAACUCCUGAUGGCUCAUGUGAUGCCUCAGAUCCUAAAGCCUUACAGCCCCUCCUGUUUAACGUGGCCAAUUUUGUAAGGUGGCAAGGGCACCCCUUGGGAGAGCACAGCCCUGUCACAGGGACCAGGGCACCUCUGUCCCUUCCACCCCAAAAGGACCCCCACCCUCUGCCUGCCCUGCCAAACCCCCUCCCCCCAGAGAGAGCUCUCCCUCUUGUGUUUACUGGUGUAAGAAACUUGUUAAAGAGAGAUUGUUCUGGUUUUAAGUAAUUAUUCAGCCAUUUGCCACAAAUAUAUCUGUGAAUAAGAAAGGGAAAUGUUUUUUUAUGAUGAUGGCGAGAAAAUUGUAUAUAUUAUUUUAGUUCACCGCAGGUCACUCGGAAUUGCAAUGGGAUACGUUGGAAAAUAAUAUGUAAAUUCCUUGGGUUUCUCCUUUGCACUGCACUAACUGGGGUAGGGUGGAGGGGGUUUAAAGAUGAAACUGUUUGUUUAUGGAAUAGUUCAUAGCUGCGAAUUUGGAAAAUCAUUUGGAAUAGCUUGUAAUGCUGGAAUAGAAACUUUAGCUGCUACUUAGAAACCCUUUUGCAUGUGGUUUUUCCAGGCCUUUUUAAGUUACAAUUCAUCAAAGUAAAUUCCCCAAUGGAAAAAAAUGAAAUAAAGUGUAAUUUUGCUGA